GCCCAUCAUCAUCGUCAUUAUUGUUUGAUGUUUCUUUCCUUCCGUGGAUUCCGGUGUCUCCAUCCUAUCUAUCUUCCGCGAUUGUCGCAGAAUUGUAGUAAGGGAAAGGAAAAAGGGGGGGUAGAUAGCUAGCUGCAUGGCGACGAUUCAGAACAAACAUUUCCAAGCUUUUCUUUUCCCUUCCUUUCCUUUUUUUGGCUGGUAUAAGUAGCAAAACAACUUCUUUUUUUUUUUUUGUUUGUUUGUUUUCAAGGAAGCUGCCUGCCUGGGCAUGCAUUUGCAAACCCACAAAAACCCUUCCACUUUUUAAGCUCGUCUUUCUGGAUCCGAGUUCACCGACCCGACUCAGUACAACUCGGGCCCGACUCUCACCAUACCAAAAUGGGUUGCGUGAGCUCGAAGCAGGCGGUGUCCGUCACACCAGCCCUGGACCAUUCUGUCUUGUCCGGGUCGGGCCGGGCUCGUGUCGGAAUGGACCAGCACCCCAGUUUCAAGAAGAAUGGGGAUCACCACCACCAUCAGGUGGUGGUAAGUUGCGGAGGGAGCGAGUUGGGCGAGUCAGGAAGAGCUCCGAGUUCAAAUGGCGAGUCGUUGAGCUUUAGAUUGAGGAGUUUACACAAGUACAUUGAAGGUGAGCAGGUGGCUGCAGGUUGGCCCGCCUGGCUAAGUGCCGUAGCUGGAGAAGCCAUUCACGGUUGGGUUCCUCUCAAGGCUGAUGCUUUUGAGAAAUUGGAAAAGAUAGGACAGGGUACAUAUAGCAGUGUGUUCCGAGCACGUGAGACUGAAACUGGGAGGAUAGUUGCUCUGAAGAAAGUUCGGUUCAACAAUUUUGAGCCUGAGAGUGUUCGAUUUAUGGCAAGAGAGAUAUUGAUUCUUCGUAGGCUUGAUCAUCCCAACAUCAUGAAAUUGGAUGGAUUAAUCACUUCACGAUUGUCAUGUAGCAUAUACCUCGUCUUUGAGUACAUGGAGCAUGACAUCACUGGACUCUUGUCUUGCCCUGAUGUCAGGUUCAGUGAGGCACAGAUUAAGUGCUAUAUGAAGCAGUUAAUAUCAGGACUUGAUCACUGUCACUCAAAGGGUGUAAUGCAUCGGGACAUCAAAGGAUCAAAUCUUCUCGUAAACAAUGAUGGUAUACUGAAGGUAGGAGAUUUUGGAUUGGCAAACUUCUGCACUUACGGGCACAGGCAACCUUUAACCAGUCGUGUUGUGACUUUGUGGUACCGUCCUCCUGAACUUUUGUUGGGUUCUACUGAAUAUGGAGCAUCUGUUGAUCUUUGGAGUGUAGGCUGUGUAUUUGCAGAACUUCUUCUUGGAAAACCAAUCCUUCAAGGGAGAACAGAGGUUGAACAAUUACACAAAAUUUUCAAGCUUUGCGGGUCGCCACCUGAUGAAUACUGGAAAAAGUCCAAACUUCCUCAUGCAACUUUAUUCAAACCACAGCAACCUUAUGAUAGUUGUCUUCGUGAGACCCUUAAAGAUUUGCCAACAACUGCUGUGAACCUGAUCAAAACUCUUCUCUCUGUAGAGCCUUACAAGCGUGGGACUGCUUCUUCUGCUCUUGCAUCUGAGUAUUUCAGCACAAAACCUUAUCCAUGUGAUCCAUCAAACUUGCCAAAAUACCCACCUAGCAAAGAGAUAGAUGCAAAAAACCGUGAGGAGGCAAGGAGGAAAAAGAUUGGUGGGAGAGGUCGUGGAACUGAAACAAGGAAGUGUACAAGAAAACUAUGUGGAAUCAGUAAAUUGGCAGCAGAGGAUCUAGCAGCUCAAAAGCAAUGUGGUCAAAUCAAUAUCAGUAACAUGCGUGUUCCAAAGGGAGGAGAUGGAAAGUCAAGUGGAGAGGCACGGAAGCCAUCACUUGAUAAAUUGGAAGAGAUUUUCCAUAUAAAGAAUGCAUCCCAAGGAGACAUUCCUUUUUCUAGUUCAAGUGGUUUUGCUUGGGCAAAACGGAGAAAAGAUGAUGCAUCCAUAAGAUCCCACAGUAGGUCUACUUCAAGAGGUCAUUCUAAUAAUAGAUUAGAACCCUCUUCUGCGUUGCAACAGAAGACUAAUUCUGACACAAAAGGACAUGAUAAUGGGGAUCUCACCCAUGGAAUCCGUACCAAUUCUAGAGGCCAUGAUUCAUAUGAAAUUUCUAAGCUUGCUUUGCGAAAACAAUGGAGGCAGUUUGAACGUCCAGAUUCUUUUGAUGCUUCCGAGGAGUACCAUUCGCAAGAGCUAUCUUUGGCACUUUAUCAAAGAGAGGGAAUGGAAGCGAGGGGAAGUAAUUUGGUUUUUCAAGACCAAGUGGACAAGGUCGACUUCUCUGGACCCUUGUUAUCUCAGACGCACAGAGUGGAUGAACUCUUAGAAAGACAUGAGCGCCACAUUCGCCAGGCAGUCCGAAAAUCAUGGUUUCAAAGUGGCAAGAAGCAUGGAAAGUGAUCAUCAUUAUAUAUGCUCAGCUUCCAAAGACACGAUGGACAGGUUUCUCUCCUGGAAGUAAUAAUCAAGAAAACAGGUUCCAUAACACUCAUCAAGGAAACAUGUUUAAACUGACCUACCGUACCCAACAACGGCGCCAUUGAACCAUCAGCUGGAUAGAAAGUCAAAUGAAAAUCUAGAAACUACAAGUUGAUUGCGAUCCUAUGUAUCCAAAAGUGAGGAGGAAAUUGGAUUGAAGAGAGGUCCAUAUUGAUGGUUUGCUCUCUUUUUUCCUGCAUUUGAGCAUUUAGUCUUCUUUUUUUUCCUAUUCCUUUUGUGUUAAUUAUCACCUCUUUCUUUUUCUUUUUUCAUUUAUUCACUGUUUUGCCAAGCUGUUUUUUUUUUCUUCUGAUUUGACCUAUCCUGCUCCAUGUAAGAAGUGGAAUAAUGGUUAGUGACCUGAGAUUAUUUAUGAAAAUGAUCAGAUUUUCAGGGUUUGCAGCA